CGGCCUCCCGCGGGGCGGCGGGCCCCGGGCGCAGAGCGGCGGCUGCGGGGCGCUCCCGGAGCCCGCUCCGCCGGGCCAUGGCGAGCAGCGGCUCCGCGCCCGGCGGCUCGGGCUCGGGCACGGCGCUGCCCACCCGCUUCCAGGAGACCGAGAAGCUGCUGGCGGCCACUGAGGGUCGGGAGGAAAAGGGCCUCCGCGGCUCCAAAUCCUUCACGGCCGCGCUGCCCGGCGAGGCGGAGCGCAACGGGCACGGGCUCUCCUACAAGUCGGUGUCGGUCGGGCACCUGGAGGCGCCUCCACUCUCGCCGUCCCGGCUCAGCCUGGGCAGAGCCUCCUCCAUCGCCACCAGCACGGCGGCACCGGAGCAGAGCCGCCCGCGGGACUACCUGGUGCUCGCCAUCUUCUCCUGCUUCUGCCCCGUCUGGCCCAUCAACAUCGUGGGCCUCGUCUUCUCCAUCAUGUCGAGGAACAGCGGGCAGCAAGGGGACCUGGAUGGAGCACGGCGACUCGGGCGCAUGGCGAGGCUGCUCAGCAUCGUCUCCAUCGUCCUGGGGACCGUCAUCAUCGUGCUCUACAUUUCACUCAGCGUCAGAGUUUCCUAGAAGAUGUUUAAAGCAUGCAAAUGCCUCGCAGAGGAGGAAGACAACUUUCCUUUUGGGGGUUUUACUUUCAGCCUUGCAACAAAAAAUUGUCACAGUGUAGGUGGGCAGCCCUGGACAGCCUGCUCUGGAGCGCCGUCGGAAGGAACGCAUGCUUCUACUUCAUCGCCUCUUGGAAAUGAGUUUGUACAAGUGAUGGGAUAACAAACAUCGCCAGAAGGAAUGGGAAAGGACAUGGGAUGCCACGCAGAGAGGAGAAGGGGGAAAUCCACUACCUCAUUCCCCUCCAGCAAAACUCACGGAGUGGGGAGACAACUAAAGUACGAGAGAAGGGAGUUCCAAGAAGGAAGCUUCUUUUAAAAGGCGAGAACAGGACAUUCUGAGGAAUCCUCCUGAGGAUUUUGGCACAAGUCACUGAAUCCAUGGGGAGUUGUUGGUUUUUAAAUUGUCAGAUUCUGUCUCUACAAUAAGAAAAAAGCCCAAAGCUCAAACUGCCAUCGGGAGCUGAGAGCUGCUCCAUGGAGGAGGAGGGAAGAGCAGAGCUGCAGCAGGACCACGGCUCUGCUCCGCACGAAACUGCAGCGAAAGCUGGAGGAUGUGGUGGGUGCUUUUGUAUUUUUGAUGA